AUGAUAAAAACUCUAAGUCUGACUUUCAAUUCUCUUGAAAUGGAAGAUGCAUAUAAGGAAUGGUGUUUCAAAAAGAAUUAGAAAAGAUACUAACUACUACUCUGUUUUAUAAUUGUUUAUUUGUCAGUGAUGAUUGCUUAAUUUAACAGCAUAAAGGCUCUAAUACCUUUGAUAAUCUCAUGUAUAAUACUAAGUUUAGAAAUAACAUUGUUAUUCUUCAUAAGAAAAUACCAGGAAAGAGUGGAAAUUAUUAUAACUUCCAACUAAAUAUUAUUGUGUUUAAUUUGUGAAUUUUACAGAUUAUUUGCAGAUAAAUCCAAUCAAUGGUAUAUAGGCUAUAGUUUGGCAUGUAUAAAAAUAUGUAAUUUUAAAUUUCAAAUUAGUAAUUUAUGUUCGAGGUAAUAAAUUUAUUAUGUAAACUGGUCUACAGAUCCUUUGUUAAUGUUGCUCAUUUAUUUAAGUUAGCAAUAUUCAAAUUUAUGAUAUGAUAACACAUAAUUUGAUAACUGUGCUUAUGAUUGCUUUUAGAUAUUCUAUUGAAUCAGGAAGCAGAUAAUAUUUUAUUACUCACUAAUCAUAAAAUUAAUAUGAAAAUAUUAUUUAAGAUUUACUUCCAUCUUGGGUUAUGAUUGUAAAAUUUGAUAAAAACUAAGGUUAAUUAUGUCUUGAUAAAAUCAAUAAGAAUAUGAGAUUAAAAUUAUAAAUAGAAGAUGAUAAAAGCUUUAGAGAUUUUUUAAGAAAAAUUAAAGCACUUCCAUUUGAAACAGAAAGAUAAAGUUUUCAAUCUAUCAAAUUAGAACAUACUCUAAUAAGAUUAUUAAAAUAACAAUAGGAUGAGCANUAUAUUAUUUUUUAUUUCUAUUGA